UUUGCCCGGUCACCAAAAACCCAUCGCGCUGAAAAGCUUCGUUUAAGACUUUGUUUAAGUCUUCACACGACCUAGGGUUUUGGGAUUUUGUCAUCUCUCACGCAUCAUCAGACUUUUUCUUGGUACUUGUAAAAACCCAAAUGAAAAUGCCUUCCUUCUGCUCCCUUUCAAUCCAACUUCCCCUAAUUCAUGUACAUACUCUUUCUUCCUUCUAGGGUUUUUCUGGGUUUAUCUGCAAAUGAAUUCAUCUCUCUGGAAUUAAACGUACAAUCCCAAAAGGUACUUGUUUCUUUCCUGGUUUGUUUCUUUUUAGGGUUUCUUGCAGGGUAUUAGUUUACUUUGACAUUUUAGGUUGUUUUUCUAGGGUUAUUGAAACCCUUAAUUCAUCAUUUCGCCCAUGGGUUGUAUCCAUGGAAAAUGUUGUAGUCGUUACCCAUCUUCAUCGAAUGCCGAUCCUGAAGCCAGUCGAGGAGAUGUUGAUUUAAAUGGUACUAACAAUGAGAACGGUAACAAUGGAAAUUAUCAUCAAAGUAUUCUUACAGAUAGUAAGACAUUUGAGAUAGUUAAUGUACCUUUUCAUAACUUCCACUUAGAGUAUUCUGUUGUUACACAGAGAGGAUACUACCCUGACUUUCCUGAUAAAGAAAAUCAAGAUAGUUAUGUAGUUAAAACUGGAAUUCAAGGGAAUCCGAAUCUUCAUUUCUUUGGUGUUUUCGAUGGGCAUGGUCUAUAUGGCACCCAAUGUUCAAAUUUUGUGAAGGAGAGGUUAAUAGAGUUACUUGAAAAUGAUACUAUGUUGGUGGAGGAUCCUGUAAAAGCUUAUCAUUCUGCCUUUUUGACUGCAAAUUCUGAACUUCAUGAGAGUGAAAUUGAUGAUACAAUGAGUGGUACCACUGCAAUUACUGUUCUUGUUAGUGGUGAUACUGUUUAUGUUGCAAAUGUGGGUGAUUCGAGGGCGGUUAUUGCUGUGAAGGAUGGGAGUGGUGCUACUGCUGAGGAUCUAUCUAUUGAUCAAACACCGUUUAGGAAGGAUGAAUGUGAGAGAGUGAAGAUGUGUGGAGCUAGAGUUUUGAGUGCUGAUCAGGUGGAAGGUCUUAAGGAUCCAGAUAUUCAGAAUUGGGGUGAUGAAGAAAGUGAUGGAGGUGAUCCUCCAAGGCUGUGGGUACAAGAUGGUAUGUACCCAGGAACUGCAUUUACUAGGAGUUUGGGAGACAGUUUCGCUGAGAAGAUUGGUGUUAUUGCUGUUCCUGAAGUGAAAAUUGUUCAGCUUACUCCAGAUCAUCUUUUCUUUGUGAUUGCUAGCGAUGGUGUCUUUGAGUUCCUCUCAAGUCAAGCCGUUACCGAUAUGGUGAUGAAAUAUGCAGAUACUUGGGAUGCAUGUGCUUCAAUUACUGGGGAAUCGUACAAGCUAUGGCUAGAGCAUGAAUAUCGAACGGAUGAUAUAACGAUCAUCAUUGUGCGCAUCAAAGACCUGCAAAAUUCACAAUGCAAAGCUAUUGAUGGAACAAAAGGAGGGAGUACCAAGUCGGUGCCACAAGGGAUGGAAAACGGGAUUUCUGAUUCCACAGAUCCGGAGGUGGAGGCAGUCGAACGUACUGUGCUCACUGAACAAAAUCAUGCAUCUGUUGUUCCGUCUCUUGCAGAACCCUCUUCCGUAAUAUUGUCAUCAAGCCAGGUUGACCUUACACCCUUGCAUCUCAUUAUUCCUUCCGAUUUGCAUUGAGGUCACACCAUGCUUGUAAAUGAACAUUGUAACUAACCACUCAGCGCUGUUUAAGAGAGUAAGAAAAAAAAGGCUGCUUCAACUCGCAUCUACUAAUCCAGAACAAGUAAAAAGGAAAGAAAAAGUCCGGGGAGAGAUAAUGACCUAGCUUCCAUAUAUCAAGUUGAAGUAUUGGAUAUGAAGAAACCAUUUUUCUUGUUUUUUACAGAGGAUGCUUUCCUCUUUUUGUCGUCUUUCUUUACAGAGAACAUAGAUAUUAACAAAUACAUGGGCAGGUUUUUAUGUAAAUGCUCUACUCUAAUUCCACUCAGGAUGAAGUUUGUGAAUACCCCUCCCAAAACUGCACUUACUUUUUAAUCCAAUGGUAGUUUUGAUUUAUCUUCUGCUUUCA